AUGGUUGAAAUAGACGUAAAUAAAGAAAAUGAAGAGGAGCCCAACUUCUCUGAUCCAGAGGACUUCGUCGAUGACGUCACUGAUGAAGAACUUGUCAUGGACGUUUUGCGGCAAAAACCUUCUAUGGACGAGUACGAAGAGUGCUGUUUGAUUAUUUUUGGGCUUCCUAUAGUUGGUCCUGAGAGAGUUGCUAAGUUACGCACUGUGCUUAGCAAAGUCUUCACUAAUGUCGAGCCAGAUCACAAAGCAUAUUUCCCACCUUCGGAGGAUGGAGGAAGCAAGGCAAGUUUAUCCGAAACGGGUUGUGUAUUCAUUGAGUUCCCCGAUAAGGUGAAAGCAGAAUACGCAAAAGGUGUUCUCAAUGGAUACAAGCUGGACAAAAAUCACGUCUUCUCCGCCCUACUCUUCAACGAAGCUCGAAGUUUCCAAAAACCGCCAGAGGACUGGCAGCCACCCAAACCGAAUCCUUAUAAUGAUGUGGGGGAUCUUUGGUGGUGGAUGCAACAUCCUCGAUGUCGCGAUCAGUUCGCAGUACAGUACGAAAAGGAUGGCGUACCAACUGUGGCAUGCUAUUGGCACAUAAAGGGGCAUGACCCUGAAAUUGCUGGUGAACAAGGAAAAGCUGAAAGAGCGUCCUGGACUGAUACCGUCUUUAAAUGGUCACCUCAUGGCUCUUAUUUGACCACUAUUCACAAACGUGGAGUGGCCCUGUGGGGAGGACCAGAGUUCGCGCGAGUCCAACGAUUUGCCCACCACAACGUGCAGUUUAUCGAUUUUUCUCCUUGUGAAACGUAUUUGGUGACGUAUGCUGAAUCUGCUGAGAAAAAUCACUGGGGUGAUGACGAGGACUGUCUUCGUAUCUGGGACGUUGUGACCGGAGAAAUGUUGAAGGGAUAUUCUCUCUAUGCGCUCACGAAUCGCGAUCAGUUGCCUUGUUGGCCUUUCUUCCAGUGCGUUUCUUUUUGGAUCUUUGGUAUUAAUUUUUUUCUCGUUCUUCGAAAUAUUUGUCGACUUUCGUUCCCGGAAGUAGAUUUGUCUGGAAGUUUGUCCAGAGAAUCG